AUGUUGUCAAAGGCUCUGCCUAGUGUUGUGUACGAGCAAGCCCUUGCGAAUCGCAAUGUGACCUGUGUUGGCUUGAUAUUCCUUACAUUGCGCACCUUCCAACCCGGUGGAUUGAAUGAGCGUGCUGAGUUGCUCCGUGGUUUGACAAGCUUGGCGACGUUUGAGUCGGCGACUGCUGGGGUGGGGGGUAUGCAGAAGUGGUUCCGGCAUCUUGAACGGGCGAAGUCUAUGGGGAUUUCAGUUCCAGAUUCAUCUCUUCUGCUGGAUAGCCUUGACAAGGCGUUGGCGGGGAUUCUUCAGGGAAACCCUUCGAUGAACUUCAGAAUGCAUUCGGUGCGCAUGCAGCUCCAACUCGACACCAGGCCCCAGUUGGACACCAUAGAAGAGUUCGCCAGGACAGUGUUGUCGGAGUUGGAAUUACUGUCGGUGGCUAUGCCGGAUAGUGCUGGAGGUGGAAAAGCCGAUCCAUCACCGGCUCCGACCGCCGAAGGGAAGCCAACUGCUACGGCCAAAAAGCCUUGUACAGGCCAGGUAAAUGUUGGUCGUGUGGAGGGGCUCACCAAAAAGCGGAUUGCGCCCGGGGGGAAGGGUAAAGGAGGUGCAGCGGCCAAAGCCGCGGCGCCGCAGACGUCAGGUUUGAGCCAAGAUGCCAUCAAAGAAGCGGCGCAGCUUUUACAGAGCAUGCGCCUAGCGGCCUUGAAGCCGUACGUCCGAACGGCAACGGAGCUGUUGUGCAGGGCACACCGUGGUGAGCCUCGUGGGCUCAUCGACGGGGGAGAACUGGAUCUUGACUCGAGUUCUGGUUGCCCAGAGGUGUCUGAAGGUGAAGCUUUGGCCCUCAUCAAGGAGUAUGAGUCUCUAGUUGAGCGCAACGAGCAUCGUAGUGCAAGGCUGCAUUGCAUUAUGAAGGAUCUGGAGACUUUGAGCCUGGGGGAUCUUGCGAGCCUCGUAGUGCAGCGUGAUACACAUGCGGAUGCGGCGAUGCAAAUGCUCGUGACGAGGAUCUUCCCUUGCAUCGAUCGGGAACUGUUGUCUCAGGCAUUAGUGUCCUUGCAAGACCAAGAUGGGGAGCCUUUUGCUUGGAAUAGGCGUAUGAGGCGCCGUUGUGAACAGGCAGGCGGGAUCCUGGUGCAUCUCUUUAGUUCGGGGUGUAAAAGGGCUUACGAGGGCCUGGCGGAUAGGAGCAAACUUGCACUAUUGACUGUGGAAAGACCAGAGAACUUACUAUCAGACAGUACGUUCCGCUACUUGCUGCAGCAAGCCUCCAGGGGAAGGGUGAAGGGCAUCGUGGGAGCAAUGCCUUACCGGACCUUUGCAUGGACCCGAUACCUUAAGGAAGGGGGAGAGAAAUUCCAUCGCCCACUCAGAGUACGGGGCGAAAGCUUAGGUGAUUAUGGGAUCCAAGAGUUGAAUUGCAGAGAGCAAGCUCAGCGCCGAAUGGAUGACUUGCUUAUUCUUCGGAUCGUGGUCCUCACAGUAGUUGCCACGGCGUCUAGCCGAGCGAUGCAUCAGGAAGUGCCUUCUGUAGUGUUGGAGAAUCCAGAGGAUCCCCAGGAGGACGUCAGAGAUGGAUAUCCCACCGAGAGCCUGAGUCCACCGUCUAUAUGGGCGGUUCCUGAGUGGAAAGAGCUUGAGAAGUUUGCGGAUUUGCAGAGGGUAUCCUUUCAUCAGGGCGCGCUAGGUCACUGCAAGAGGAGACCCACUACUCUGUGUAUCAAUCUAUCCCCGGACCCGGUGCUUUUGGACUGCUGGACCGAAGAUACAGGGACAGAUGAGGGUUCAAGGGCGAACGUGAGUUGCCAGCAAAACUGGGCAGGUUGGGCCCCAGGCUUGCAGUGCACCAUUGGGGACAUGUUAUGGAGAGCCUUCCGAGAGCAUGCUGCAGGGCACGAUUUCAAGGUGAGAUCAGUAGAUGCAGGCUUCCUGGAGCAUUUGAGGAACAACCACACACCAUAUCGGCGUGAUUGCAAGUACUGUGUUCAGGGAGGAGCUCGUCAAAUGCAACAUCGAAAAGUCCUGGCGCCACAGGGAUGGACUCUGAGCGUAUUGUCAGUGCCAAUUCUGUCUGCGGAGGGAAGUGCAGUUGAUGAGCCGGCUGAUAGAGACCCCUUGAUCACGGUGGAAGGUUUCGCCAAAGGUCUGGAGGAUCGGGAGUGGUUCGUGAGCAAAGGGAUGGAGCUUGAAGAACCAUUGCCGGAGCCUUCACAGAGGGAGCUGAAGGAGGCCAAGGAAUCAUGGAACAGUUGGGAGAAGGCCAGUCGGGAGGAUUGGCUGCGAGAGGCUAAGGCCGAGUAUCUUCCAAAGGUUGAAAUGGUAGACAUCCUUUUUACAGAGGCAGUGGAAACCAAGAAGCAGCAAGAAGUUACGGCAGUUGUAAGUCGGAUGUACGCCCAGGCCAUCAGCGAUGGAUAUGAUGUAAGGCCCAAGGUGAAGUCAAUGACUUAUCGGAAGGUGGAAGUGUUGACCCUCUGGCGGGUCUGA